AUGAGCAGCACUCCUGCUGAGCUACCAGGCUUUUACUACGAUGCGGAGAGGAGAAGAUAUUUCGCCAUAGAAAAUUCUCACACCGCGCCAGCUUCAGCGGAAUGGUCCUCUGCCUCAGUUAAGCGCCGCAGGCUCGAGACGCAAGCCGCCGAGGAAGCAGCCCAGGAGGCAGAGCUCAUCGAGAACCAUGUUAGGCGCAGUGUCUUGACCAAUGAUGUUACUACCUCUGGACUGCUUGCCCGCGAGCUGGGCGCCUCGAGCACCGCGGGGAUGCUUGAGACUGAGGAGGUGGCGGCUGCUUUGUGGGCUCAGGGGGUGACUGACAAGGGCAGUAUUGCCUUUGGACUCAGUUUGAAUUAUGAGACUCAUCCUCAUAUGCCGUGUUUUUACGUCAGUGGCAAGGAGUGUGGUACGGAGUCGGCUAUAGCGUAUUCGACUUUCGAUGAAGAGAUGCUUAUGGGGACCUACAUUGAGACGGAUGAAAACGAAAAUCUGAAGACUAAAGCAGCGCAUUUUCGCAGUCCGGACAGACUGCACUAUGAGAUGAUUUACUGUCCUCAGAUGUCAUCCAUCAAAUAUCAUCAGCCGACCAACAAAGUUCUUCUCACCUCAAAAGAACCAGGCCAGGGCUUGUCUCUCUGUGUUUUCACUCCUCCAAUGGAUACAACGCCUGACCAGGGAAUGCACUGGAUCCUGGGAGAAGUUGAUAAUUACCGAAAUAUCAUGUACAAUUUUUCGCGUAGUCGGAGCUGGGGUGUCAACCAGAGUACGCCUGCCCCUGCCUCUUCCGAUCUCCUUUGCGUUGUGGGCACCAGCAAGGGGAUCCAGCGUAUUCAUCUUGAUGAAACUCCUAGCUGGAUCACUCAAACUCGAAUGGAGAGCCCGCCGGACUACGGCGUCGAUGCCAAGAUUGAUUACCCUGGUCGCAAGCACCAUAUCGGCCCUCAAGAGAUUUUCUCUCAAGACUUUCAGGUUGGCAAUCACAACAUCUUGUUUGCUGGUGGCCGGCAGCCUCGCCUCUGGGUUACUGACCUAAGAGCGCCCACUGCCGGAUGGAACUUCGUUAAGCACGGCUCGUCCAUUGCGCACGUUCGCAGCAUCAACCCUCAUCAAGUCCUGGUCGCUGGUCUGCGUAACCGCAUGUCCGUGUACGACAUGCGGUUCAUUCAAGCCAACAGGAAUGGUUACCGCGAGCGAGCCACUUCUUCUCCAAUCCUCGAAUUCCCAGACUACAAGAACGAGCCCUACUUCAACUUUGGCUGGGACGUGUCUACGGAGCUCAACCUCGUGGCCUCGGCGCAAGACAAUGGCACCAUCAAGCUUUUCUCACUGAGUUCAGGUUGCGUUUUGCCUUCGGGUAAGGCCUUGGAGAGCUUUCGCACGGACGAUCCCGUCAAGGCAAUGAUGUUUCAGACUUUGCCGGGAGAGAAUUCGCCGAGCUUGUAUGUGGCCAAGGGUCCGUUUUUGAAGAAAUUUGGUUGUGCGCCAGGCGACCUCUCUGAUGAGGAAUGA